GUUGUCUUUCUCAAUUCUAGCCCUGCGCUUUCCUGGUGGUUUGGGGCAAACCUGUCGUGGAGACUAUACCAUUUGACUUUUAAUCCAUUCAUUGUUCUGAUACCUUGCAUCUCGCAUUGCCAACGAAAAGAUGAUCUGCCAACGGUGCCGAACGAGCAUCCUCUCUCGACUACAGCCGCAAACCUCGAUUGCGUGGUCUGCUCCGUCAUGCACGCGCCAGCUUCCAAUCCAGCGCAACCUCUUCCGGAACUAUAGCACCGAUGGGAAACCCACGGUUUCCGCUCCUCCGCCGCCUCCUUCGCCUCGACAGCCCGGCACCGGCGACAUCACGGUCCCGUCGGCCGUUUCGUCCGCUACCCCGGGCGUGUCGCAACCCUUGAGCACGCCGGAAGGAAUUCACACCGACGCGAAACCCGACAAACCCACAAAGUCUGACUCCAAACCCGUGCGGAGCUCCUGCCCGGCCGGCACCAUGUUGCAGGGCCUCAAUUACUUCAAAAACAAGCCGAACAUCGUCGCCAAGGAGGACUUCGACUACCCGGAUUGGCUGUGGACUUUGUUGGAGGAUAGCAAGAGCUCUAAGAAAUCCGAGGGCGGAGUCGAUCCAAGCACUCUGAACAAGAAACAGCGCAAGCGUUACGAGAAGAAGAUGGCCGCUCGCGCUGCCCUCCUCCCACCGAAGAUCCCUAUCCACCAUCACGCGACCGACAUCACUCCCGCCGAAUACAACCGCGGCGAGUCGGCGACCGAGACCGCCUUGGAAGAUGCCACGGAGAGUCUCGAGAAGCGUGCCGAGAUCACAAAGAGCGCGAGAGAUGCCCGCAGAAAGGCCAUUCGGGAGGCCAACUUCCUGCGCGGACUCUGAUUUCUUGAAUUGUUGGUUUUGGCUUGGGAGUCAUCAGGGCUCUGUUGCAUGGAGUUCUAUUUGAAGCUAUCCCUGUACAAUUGUGUUGACUGACGUUUUGUGUGCGUGUAGAAAGGGUCCCCUACUAGGACAUUCCAGAUGUAUUUUAUGUGACUUAUAUUCAUCUUCUCUUAUAAUCUGCAGACCAGGCGCUGAAUGGAAUGUUGUUUCUGU